CGGCGUUGCAUCCUGCAAGGCUCCCCUGCGUGUCACACAAGCGCUGCUCGCACGUUGUGCAGCCAAUCGCUUCCUUCAUGACGCCAGCGAGGCUGGACUCCACGGGGCUUCGACCUUUUUUCUUUUUUUUUCAUGCUCAACACCCACGGAGGACGCACAUUUGGAGAAGAGACCAGGCAGCGGGAAGACCUCCAGCCAUGGCCGGGAUGCGCGCACCUGUGAUCCGCUCUCUGGGCUGAUGACUCCGGCCAAGCAGCACCUGUUUUGUCGGUCCUUAUCACCCAGGAAUAUAUUUUCUCGUGUUGUGGACUAUUUGACUUUUAACUUGCACAAUGGAUGAAGAUGUGCUCAUGCAUGCACCUGUUUAGGCAUGCAUAAGAAAAGGAGGACUUUUUCAACAUUAUUGAAGCUUCUCUAAUGCAAUUUGUGUGCCAAAAAAAAAAAAAAAAAAAAAUAUGAUCAUGUUUCGUAAAUUCCGCUUCUUGCUCCUCAUGGUGUUCGUGGUGGCGUGCACCGUGCACAUCAUGAUCGACUUGUUGCCCAAACUGGAGAAGAGAGCGUCGGGGCCGGACGGCGAGGAGAGCGGCUGCCAGUGUGCACGCCACGCCGGCAUGGAGGCGCCGGGCUGGGCCAAGCAGCGCGCCGCCAGGUCGGGGGCCAAAAUGAAAGACGCUCCGUGGCUCGACAAACACACGCUGAGAAUCCUGCAGGAUUUCAGCAGCGAGCCCAACUCCAACCACACGUCGCCGGAGAAGGGCGCCGGCGCCGGGGAGAGGGCGGCGGAGACGGCCCGCGGGGUGGGAUGGGGGUCGACCGGGAAAAGUGAGGGACACAAGCCGCUCAUCGGAGAGGCGAGCGGGGGUCGGACGGUGACGGGAGCCGCUGCAUCGCGACUCUCGGCUCUCUUUCAGCAUCCUUUGUACAAGAUUGGACUUCCCAGGCUUACGGAUGUGGACACUUUAUUUAACCUCAACACUGACAUCAGACUUUAUCCGAGAACACCUGGCAACCAAGGAUGGGCCAACGAGGGUGACACCGACCAGGAGGAGGAGAACGAGGAGGAGAACUCCCCGGUGGUCCAGGCCACCGCGGAGUCCUACCCCAACUGGUUGCGUUUCCACAUCGGGAUCAACCGCUACGAGUUGUACGCCAGACACAACCCGGUGCUGGACGCCCUGCUCAAAGACCUGGUGACGCAGAAGAUCACCAGCGUGGCUAUGAAAUCAGGAGGCACCCAGCUCAAGUUGAUCAUGACGUUCCAGAACUACGCCCAAGCUCUGUUCAAACCCAUGAAGCAGACCCGAGAGCAGGAAACCCCUCCGGACUUCUUCUACUUCUCGGACUUUGAGAGGCACAACUCGGAGAUCGCCGCCUUUCACUUGGACAGGAUCCUUGACUUCCGGAGGGUCCCCCCAGUGGCCGGACGGCUGGUCAACAUGACUCGGGAGAUCCGAGACGUGACGCGCGACAAAAAGCUGUGGAGGACUUUCUUCAUCUCGCCAGCCAACAACGUCUGCUUCUACGGCGAAUGUUCCUACUACUGCUCCACUGAGCACGCUCUGUGCGGUAAACCCGACCAGAUCGAAGGCUCCCUCGCCGCCUUCCUGCCGGACCUCAACUUGGCCAAACGCAAGACGUGGCGGAACCCCUGGAGACGCUCUUACCACAAACGCAAGAAGGCGGAGUGGGAGGUUGAUCCAGAUUAUUGUGACGAGGUGAAGCAGACGCCCCCGUAUGACCGUGGUACUCGACUGCUGGACGUCAUGGACAUGACCAUCUUUGACUUCCUGAUGGGUAAUAUGGAUCGCCAUCAUUACGAGACCUUUGAGAAGUUUGGAAACGACACCUUCAUUAUUCACCUGGACAACGGAAGAGGGUUCGGGAAACACUCCCAUGAUGAGACGUCCAUCCUGGUGCCUCUCAGUCAGUGCUGCAGGGUGAAGAAGUCCACGUAUCUCCGUCUCCAGCUGCUGUCUAAGGAAGAGUACCGGCUCAGCACUCUGAUGGAGGAGUCUCUCCUCCGGGACCACCUGUCCCCCGUCCUCAUCCAGCCUCACCUUCAGGCCAUGGACCGCCGACUGGGCCGGGUGUUGCAGGUCCUGGCUGACUGCUUGGCGAAAGAAGGCUACGCAAACGUGGUGGAGGAAGACAUGGACGGCAAAUCCAGCAUCCACAGGGGCUCCGGUCACAGGUAGUGAGGUAACGUCCUUGUCUGGAACAGGAACAAGGGAAUGUGUGGGGACCGCCGGGAUGAAUCCCACUUUUCGUAUCACGCUGAAUUCAGUGAAUUCCGAGACUUUUAACGUCCACGCCUCUACUUGAAGUGUGUUUAUACGAGAGACGGACACGCAGGUGGAGAAAGACGUGGACAUUUGUUGCAAAAGAGAUAAAAGACGUUGUGUAAAUGUUUGAUCAUAUCAAUACAGAGAUGGGCGGGUCAGAAGAUAAGCUUUAUCAGUACUAACGCAUCAAAGGGAAAUGUGCCAUGUUCUUAAAUGUACACUCAUUAUUUCAAGUUUUUAUUCUCGUCUGCGGCAGCUAGUGUCUUUUCCCGCUUCACGCCAAAUACCGUAAAUGCUCUAAUUAUGGCCAAUUAAAACUCAUUACAGUAUAUACAGUCAAAAGUUUACAUCGGACUUAAUGUCAUGGCUGUCUUGAGUUGCCAAUCAUUUCUACAACUCUUAUUUGUUUUGUGAUAGAGUGAUUGGAGCACAUACUUGUUGGUCACACAAAAACAUUCAUGAAGUUUGGUUCUUUUCUGAAUUUAUUAUGGGUCUACUGAAAAUGUGAGCAAAUCUGCUGGGUCAAAAGUACAGUGAGUGAUUAUGAUUGACGACUUCUCUGAGGCCAUUUAAAUAGGGCUCACGUGAUGCAGUCAUCAGACUCGGUUACAAACGCGACAAUGGGAAAGUCAAAGGAACUCGGCACAGAUCUGAAAAAAACGAAUCAUUGGCUUCAACAAGUCAGGAAAGUCACUCGGAGCCAUUUCAAAGCAGCUUAAAGGCCUACUGAAAUGUCCAUCCAUCCAUCCAUCUUCUUCCGCUUAUCCGAGGUCGGGUCACGGGGGCAGCAGCCUAAGCAGGAAAGCCCAGACUUCCCUCUCCCCAGCCACUUCGUCCAGCUCCUC